UCGUUUUCUUGGCAGUCUCUGCUGCCCGUCAUAUCGUCGUUGGUUGUUAAUAUUGUAUUAUUGUGUUUCCCCAUUGUCGACUUUUCUCUACGACUAAACGUUUCAUUUUUUUACUCCUCCGACACACUAGUUGACAUUUCGUUUGAACGGGUUUAAUUUCAUUCUUACCCUGUCUUGUUGCUCGUUAAUUAGCCGCCGUUUCCUCGAUCAAGUGUGUGCGCAUGUUGUUCGCGAAAAAUCCGUUUUAUUAGUCCAAUAACACCAAAUUUAUAAAAUUUAAGAUAAUCAGAAGAAAAAAAAAUGCAGCCGAAAAAGUAGAGCUGACGCUAUUGGGUGUUGCAAUGUCGUUUAUGGUGAAGAAAAAACGUUAUAAGUUUACAGUAAAUCUGUGUUUGGAAGACCUGACAGCUGUGCCUUUUGUUAACGCUGUCCUGUUUGCCAAAGUACGAUUACUGGAUGGUGGAAAUUUUAGUGAUACCUCCUCCAGAGAGGAAGUACGUGAUCAUACAGUCCGUUGGGGCGCUCAGUUUGAGUUCGUUUGCAAGAUGAGCGCCAACGCAUCUACCGGAAUCUUAGAUCCUUGCAACAUUCGGAUAUCGGUCCGUAAAGAAUUGAAAGGCGGCCGGAGUUAUCAAAAACUCGGUUUCACCGACGUCAAUUUGGCCGAAUUGGCCGGGGCCGGACUCAGCUCGAGGCGGUGCCUGCUCGAAGGAUACGACACUCGUCAUCACCGGCAGGACAACUCUAUGCUCCGAAUAACUGUAUCCAUGAACAUGCUGUCUGGGGACAUUCUGUUUAAAGCGCCAACGUCGUCAACCACGUUACACCAAAAACCCAUCACCAACGGGGAGGAUAUACCUCAGCGCGAAGACGGCGAAUACCAUUCGAGCAGCGGAUUCAGUAGUCUGCCGAACAAGCGGUCGUUGUUUCCUUCAGACAUUCCAUCCAUGAACAGUUUAGAAAAGCAUGAUAAUUCAUCCGAAUCAAAUCAGAACCAUUCAGAACAUGAAGAUGAAGUAUUGUCUCACGAUGCUGCUCCUACCUCUAAUCAAUUAACCAACUCGAAUGGACAUUCCCGUAAUUCUUCUAAUACAAGCAAAGGAUCUAGUUCCCACAAUUCUCAUUCUAGGCAUAGUAGUUCUGGUGACAGUGGACAUGUUCGGUCACCAUCUUGGCCUGUAUGGUCUCCUACUCUUUCACCACCACCUGCAACCCCGCCACCGUCACAGCCUCCUACACCCGUAUGGAGCAGUCCUCGUUCAAGAUUUUGGUCGCUGCGUCAAUCGAAAUCACAACAUCAACAGUCACCACAAGUGUGCACACAUCAAGACAUAUUCCGUACGCCGGACAACAAACAAACUGGAUUUAGGUUCCCACCAUGGUCCGGUCCAUCUCCUAGAACACACUCGUCGCCAGGCCUGUUGCCCCUAACCCCAGAUUCCCUUAGGGGCAGUAUGCACCACCGUAAAUUGCUGGAUAACUCUGUUGGUUGUGGGCCACCAGGGAUGCUCAACAUGAACUCGCUUCAGAAACUUCCGUUUACACCGGAGUUGGAUAAAUUGCUCAGCACAUCUGACACAUCGGUAUCUACUCCAUUCAGGCGACCAAGCCAAAUUUUAACAUCCAGUGGUACUGCAAUAUCUAUGUCACAAGCCUCUCCUGUAUUGAAUGCAGUCGAGACUGGCUCUUUAGAUCGAGGCAAAGCAGCCUUAGAAAGGCGCAAAAAGUCGGCAAUUACAAGUAGUAUUAUAGACGAUGGCGGCACCAAAGCUACAGGACGUGUUGAGGUAACCAGGGUAAACCCGGACAGUCUUAUUGACCAGCUGCUCAGAGCCACAAAUUUAGAUGAUCAUUCAACUGACGAGGACAAUAAACACAGAUCAGGCUUACAACUGUUCAUUGCAAAAGAUGGAACGACCACACUUGGCAGUCAGGACAUCAAGUGUCACAUGCCCAAUAGUCUAUUCAAACAGGUUGUGAUGGAAGACAAUAGAUAACGCUAAAGUAUUAAAAACUUUAUUUAUUUUAUGUUUUCACGAGCUUAACGCUUUUUUUUAAAAAUGAUAAUCAAGCGUCAAAGUACUUUCAAUGUUCACAGCGUUUAAGCAUGGUCGUCUUUCUGACUUUUCACUGUUAUGGAGUAAGCUACGUCGUGAUAUCGUUGGACACAUUAUUAUUUUACAUCUUUGUAAAAACAUUACUUUUAUAGAACUCAAAUUAUGAUUUAUUUAUUUAUCUCAGUGUGGUCUAAUGACGACAUUCGUUCAAAUGAUUAAAAAUGUAAUUUUUCAAUUGUCUGAAUCAUAUUGAUUCACCAGUAGCUUGUUAUCAAGAUUACGUAUGCUUAUAUAUAUUUUAUAUCAACUUCCAGUGUAUUUAUCUUGUGUAAAUCAGGAAUGUAAACCCAUAAAUUAUUAAUGUUGUUAAAAAAAACAUUGAGCUACUAAAUAAUGUUCCUCCUAUUAUAUAUCAGACAGUUUUUUUUUACUCGUCUAAUCAUGUGCAAGUAAAAUAACGAUUAGUAUUAACACAAAACAUUUAUUCUGGCCAAAGGAGGAGUCCCGUCUGUCAUACAGAACUUUGAGUUGACAAGAACCAACUUUGUGCCAUAAGAAUCUGUAUCGUUUUCACAAUGGCCAUUGUGAUUAUUCUGACUCCUUAUCUUCGUCAAUUUCGAAACGAUAUUCAAUUAUUAGUUACUACGAUUAUAGUUUUUAUUUGAACGUAUUGUGUAAACAACUUUGAUGAUCUCCCAAAAAUACAAUAGUCCGUAAAAUAUAUUUUAUUAGAUUAUUAUUUAAAAUGUGCACCUAAUUUUAAAUAUGCUUAUUGUUUGUGUUGUAUACUUUAAAUUAAUUAUAGAACUUUUUUGCACCAUAAUUUAUUUGUAACACUUCUACAAAAGUUAAUGUGGAAACGAAAUAUUAAAUGAGACUUGUAAACACAGUGUUAUUACUGUUUUGACGUUAUUUCUCUCUUUUAUUUGCAAUGUUAAAUUGUCAUUUUUGUGUAAAUGUAUGUUUGUUGAGCUCAAAGAGGAAUGUAUGACUUGAAAAAUGCAUUGUUGUUAUUUAUUUUACAUAUUUUUUCAUAAACAAGCGUUGAAUAUAUAUAUAAAUUA